UCGAAUAAUAUAUGACUAUCAAAGAUUGAAUACGGUCAUAAAAAACAUGAAUUUAUAUUGCAUGUAUUAAAGUAUGGAGAGGUUGUUUCUGAUUUUUGGAUAUCCAGCCCUGGUUGCUAGGGAGGCCAUAUUGGACUGAGGAAAUAGGAGACCAUGACACUUCUGUAGAGAAUGCGACUGAAGAUUCCAACCAUGACCCGCAUUUUGAACCAAUAGUUUCUCUUCCCGAACAAGAGGUAAAAACAUUGGAAGAAGAUGAGGAAGAACUUUUCAGAAUGCGUGCAAAGCUCUUUAGAUACGCAUCAGAAAAUGAUCCUCCUGAGUGGAAAGAACGAGGAACUGGGGAUGUGAAGUUGCUGAAGCAUAAGGAAAAGGGAACAAUUCGCCUUCUGAUGAGGAGAGAUAAAACUCUCAAAAUCUGUGCAAACCACUAUCUUACACCUACAAUGGAGCUAAGGCCUAAUGUAGGCAGUGACCGGGCAUGGGUCUGGAAUGCACCUGCUGAUUUUGCUGAUGAACAACCGAAACCUGAACUUUUGGCAAUCCGAUUCUUAAAUAAAGAAAAUGCACAAAAGUUUAAGGCAAAAUUUGAAGAAUGCAAGGAGAAGAUGAAGCUAAAAGGUGACAAUGAAAGUGCAGAUAAGGUUGCUGAAAAGCUAGAGGAACUAUCCGUUAAGGAGGAUAAAAAAGAAUCCGCCAAAGAGGAAGAAUCCAAGAAGAAAGAAGUGACCAGUGAAAAAACUGAAGAGAAUUAAAAUAAUCCUGGUCCUUGUUUCCCUUUUUCCUUUUUUUUUUACAGCAGACUGUAAUGAACUGGGUUUGGACACAGAUGAGCCAUUUUCUAGGCUUUUGCCCUGUGGUCCCAAAUUGUUAUGAAGAAAUAGUACCUUCACAGAAUGUCAUUCCGCGGUCAUCAACCACCAUAAAUGUGCUAAUGUAUUCCUUUUGAAACUGCUAGGAGUGUUAACUACUGCCUUAUCUAUUUACAGUCUUCUGAGAGAAUAAUUUAAUUCUAUUACUUCAAUUCCUGAAAAUUGGUGAUUAUAACAUGCUUUACUGUGUAUGACGACCAUUUUUUAUUUUUUUUCUCUGUGAAUAAGACUCCAAAAUGCCAGAAUUCCCACAUUGGGUAGGACAUGGUUUAUAACUAAAUUAAAUUCAGUUAAGUUGUAUAUGGAAAAAACUUGGUUUUUUUUUAUAUUUUUGCCCUAUAGUUUUUGGAUAAGUCAAGUAUGACACCAAGUUGGAAGAUUGAAUUUUUUUUGAGUUUUUAAAAGAAAUUUUACUGAAGGUUCCCCUCCCACUGUCUAAAUUGGCUAAAUUAGUAACUGACAGAUUGCACAAGAGAAAGAUUAGUGGUAAGUUCAUUGCAGGCUUAAGUGAAGUUUUAUUUCGAAAACUCUUGGACCUUGCAGAUGAGGAAGAGACACUUCUGCUAUAAGUUUGUUAUGCUUGGUUAAAAUAUCCUGUUGAGGAAACUCUCAAGCAGGGUAGACUGAUAUGGUGUCAACUUACCAAUCUAUUUUCCUGUCCCUUUGGAGCUCCCCAGAACAAUUGUAAACCAGUACAGGUCCACAUACAUUGCUGUCAAAUCAUACGUAAGAUCUUGUACUAAAGCUGAAAACUGUGUAUGAUGACACCAACGUGACGCAUGAAUAAUGCAUGUGAAGAGAGAUGGUGAUAGUUUCACAGUGGGCCAUUUUGAUUUUCUGCUGGCUGUGGCUGUACCGCUAGUACAUAGCAAUACUUAUAUUUGUAGCAGUGUGACAUUUGGCAUGUACACAAUUAGUUACACUGACAGAGAAAACUUCACUGAGAGAAAACUUCUCUUGACAGGUUUGCAUAUGCUUACCACGGACCACAAACAUUUGUGAUAAUCUAGUUUUGUGUUGGAAUGAACAAAACAUCUGGAUAUAGUGUUUUGUAAUUGGGAAACUUAUAAAAUGGAACUGUUGAAAAUUGAUAGGUCUCGUUAGGAAAUUUGCAAUAAAGAUUUUUGCAAGCGGCA